AUGAAGUACUCCAUUUUGACGCUGGCCGCCGUGGCCAGCACCACCCUUGCGGUGGCCGUCCCUGCUCCUCAACCUGAUCCUGUCGCCGAGCCCAUGCCCUGGUGCACCUGGAAAGGCCAGCCUUGCUGGAAGGAAAAGAUGGCCAGACGCGAAGCUCAGCCUGAACCCGAGGCCGUUGCUGCCCCUGAGCCCGACCCCGUUGCUGAGCCUAUGCCUUGGUGUACCUGGAAGGGACAGCCCUGCUGGAAGGAGAAGAUGGCUAGACGUGCAGCCCAACCCGAGCCCGAAGCUGUCGCUGCUCCUGAACCCGAUCCCGUCGCCGAGCCUAUGCCCUGGUGCACUUGGAAGGGUCAGCCUUGCUGGAAGGAGAAGAUGAAGAUGGCUAAGCGCGAGGCUCAACCUGAGCCCGAAGCCGUUGCUGCUCCUGAGCCUGACCCAGUUGCCGAACCCAUGCCUUGGUGCACCUGGAAGGGCCAGCCAUGCUGGAAGGAGAAGAUGGCCAAGCGUGCCGCCGAGGCCGAGGCCGAACCUGAGCCCAUCCCUGCCCCUCAACCCGAUCCCGUCGCUGAGGCCGAACCUUGGUGCACCUGGAAGGGACAGCCUUGCUGGAAGGCCAAGAUGGCUAAGCGUGCCGCCGAGGCCGAAGCUGAAGCCGAACCCAUCCCCGAUCCCGUCGCCGCCCCUCAACCCGACCCCGUUGCUGAGCCCAUGCCUUGGUGCACCUGGAAGGGACAGCCUUGCUGGAAGGAGAAGAUGGCUAAGCGCGAGGCUAAGCCUGAGCCCUGGUGCUGGUGGAAGGGCCAGCCAUGCUGGAAGGCCAAGCGUGAUGCCGCUCCCGAGCCUUGGUGCUGGUGGAAGGGUCAGCCAUGCUGGAAGGCUAAGCGCAACGCUGCUCCUGAGCCCAUGCCCGAGCCCGCCAACGAGCCCAGAUGGUGCUGGUGGAAGGGCCAACCUUGCUGGAAGUCCAAGUCUAAGCGCGAUGCCUCUCCCGAGCCCUGGUGCUGGUGGAAGGGACAGCCAUGCUGGAAGGCCAAGCGUGAUGCUGGUGAGGCUCUCACUGUCGCUCUCCAUGCUACCCGCGGUGUCGAGACCCGAUCCGUCGCCGAGACUGAACACCUCCCCCGUGACGCCGCCCACCAGGCCAAGCGCUCCAUCGUCGAACUCGCCAACGUCAUUGCUCUCUCUGCCCGCGGCAGCCCCGAGGAAUACUUCAAGCACCUGUACCUCGAGGAGUUCUUCCCUGAGAUCCCCCACAACGCUACCGCCAAGCGCGACGUCAAGACUCUCCAGGAGGACAAGCGCUGGUGCUGGUGGAAGGGACAACCUUGCUGGAAGGCCAAGCGCGCUGCCGAGGCUGUUCUCCACGCUGUCGAUGGUUCUGAUGGUGCUGGUGCCCCCGGUGGCCCUGAGGAGCACUUUGACACUUCCCACUUCAACCCCCAGAACUUUGAGGCCAAGCGUGACCUCAUGGCUAUCAAGGCCGCUGCUCGCAGCGUUGUCGAGUCCCUUGAGGGUUAA